GUUAGUGUCCUAGAAGAAAGAAUAGGAUUAUGUAGACGAACAAAGACAUUUUCUUUUGGACUGUCGAUUUUCUGAUUUAUCUACGAUUUUCGUUCAUUGCUUUCAUGAUUUUGAUGAACUACCUUGCUUGAUGCCACCCUCGUCCCCUGGCUUUUUAUUUCCAGAGAAUCGCUGACGGUGUCAGAUACAUUUUUUUAUUUUAAAAAUUCUUUUAUUGCUUGAUGGAAUCUGUUUCCUAGUAUUUAAAAAAGUGAAGUCGACAAGCAGGUUCCUAUUCCUGACACUUGUGUGUCUAAAUUACACACUGGGUGCACACUGAUCUCAGAUGUAAUCUGCAACUUUUGGGGAGUCCCUGACGGGCUCUUCUGCUUGGGUAACUAUGUCAAGCACACCAACCUUCUCACGCUAGAUGAAGACACACUCUCAGCUAACCCUCAUCGCCGCCCGCGGAGUCUGCACGAAAUGGUAGCUCUGGCUGUCAGCGCUGACUGCUCCCACUGUCCGGUUCUGCGAGUGCCUGGUUUCGCAGGUGCCUGGUUCUACGCAUCCCUGGUACCGCCUUCUGCCUCUGUGCGCUUCCGCCCCGUUUUUUCUUCCUUCCGGUUUCUUCUCGCGUUAAGAGCCGCUUCCGGAGUCGCUGGGUCUCUGACCUUUACUGGGAUUGAACAGAAAUCCCAGGGAUCAGUAUCAUUUAAGGAUGUGACCGUGGGCUUCACCCAGGAGGAGUGGCAGUGCUUGGACUCAAGUCAGAGGUCCCUGUACAGGGACGUGAUGCUGGAGAACUACAGCCACCUUGUCUCAGUGGGGUCCUGUGCUACCAAACCAGAGGUGAUCUUCAGGCUGGAGCAAGGAGAGGAGCCAUGGAUAUCGGAGGAAGAAUUCCCAAGCCAGAGCCUCCCAGAAGUCUGGGAAACUGAUCACAAGAAAGGAAGGAGCCGAGAAAACCAGCAUAAACCUGUGAGGGAAGUUGCAUUCAUCAGUAAGAAAACGCCGACCAAGGAACGAGGUAAUGUAAUAGGAAAGCCAUUUAACCUGGACACAAAUUCGUUUCCUUCCAGAGAAAGCCUCUGUCAGUGUGACUCAUAUGGAGUGAGUUUCAGCUGUAUUUCUGAAUUGUGUAUCAAUAAGAAAAGACGUUUGGGAAAAAAGACUGGUGAAUUUAGUGCCUAUGGAAAAUUGCUACUCAGUAUUAAACACGAGAAAACUCCUACUAGCGAGACAAGUGAAUUUUUUAAACAUGGAGAAACUUUCAGUCAGGUUGAGGACUCUGUUGAUAGUGAGAAGAUUCAAAGUGCAGAGCAAAAUUUUGAAUAUUACAUGUAUCAAGAAACCUUCCCCGAAAAGGCAACAUUGAGUACGUACAAGAGAGAGAUCACUGAAGAGAAUCACUCUGAAUGUAUUGAAUAUGGGAGAACCUUCUUUCCUAACUCCUCUUUCCUGUUACAUCACAUGAAUGCCUCCGAAGAGAAUCACUGUGGACUGCGUGGUUGUGGGAAAUCGUUAUGUGUUACGUCUACCCUUUUGAAACCUCAUGGGGCACGUAUGAAACCCUCGGAGUGUAGUGAGAGUGGGGAUCAUUUCCGGGGGGAUUUAUGCCUUCCACAACUUCAAACAAAUCAUAAAGGAGAGAAACACUUUGAAUGCAAUGAAUGUGGGAAAGCGUUUUGGCAUAAGUCCCACCUCACUCGACAUCAGAGGAUACACACGGGAGAGAAACGCUUUCAGUGUGAUGAAUGUGGAAAAACUUUCUGGGAGAAGUCAGACCUCACGAAACAUCAGAGAUCACACACGGGGGAGAAGCCCUAUGUGUGCAACGAAUGUGGUAAAGCCUUCAGCCACAAGUCAGCCCUCACGAUACACCAGAGAAUACAUACAGGGGAGAAACCCUAUCAGUGUAGCACAUGUGGGAAAACUUUUUACCAGAAGACAGACCUCACCAAACACCAAAGAACACACUUAGGGCUGAAACCCUAUGAAUGCUCUGAAUGUGGGAAAUCCUUUUGGAUCAAUUCACACCUUAUCCUGCAUCAGAGAACUCAUACAGGGGAGAAACCAUUUGAAUGUCCUGACUGUGGGAAAUCUUUCUGUCGGAAGGCAUAUCUUACACAACAUCAGAAAACCCACAUAAAGGAUAAGCCCUACAAAUGUAAUGCAUGCGGGAAAAGUUUCUACCACAAGUCAGUACUCACCAGGCAUCAGAAAAUUCAUACAGAGUUAAAACCUUAUGAAUGUUGUGAAUAUGGGAAAAUGUGUUUGAAGUCUGACCACAUGGUGCAUCAGAGAAUUCACACAGGGGAGAAACCCUUUGUGUGUCCUGAAUGUGGGAAAUCCUUCAGCCGUAAAUCUACCCUCUCUCAACAUCACAGGACACAUACAGGGGAGAAACCGUUCGAGUGUCAUGAAUGUGGAAAAAUCUUCUAUAAUAAAUCGUCCCUAAGUAAACAUAGUAGGAUACACACAGGGGAGAAACCCUACGUAUGUAAUGAAUGUGGGAAAACUUUCUGCCAGAAGUCUCAGCUCACUUAUCACCAGAGAAUCCACAUAGGUGACAAACCUUACGAGUGUAACCAAUGUGGAAAGGCUUUCUGUUAUAAGUCAGCUCUAAUUGUGCACCAGAGAACUCAUACAAAAGAAAAGCCCUAUAAAUGUAAUGAAUGUGGGAAGUCUUUCUGUGUCAAGUCAGGACUUACUUUACAUCAGAGAAAACACACAGGGGAGAAACCCUUCGAAUGUAAUGAAUGUGGAAAAUCUUUUGUCCAGAAGUCUAGGCUCACCCAGCACCAGAGAACGCACAUAGGAGAGCAACCCUAUGAAUGUAAUGAAUGUCGAAGGGCUUUCUGUGAUAAAUCAGCUCUAAGUGUGCACCAGAGAACUCAUACAGAAGAAAAACCCUAUAAAUGUAAUGAAUGUGGGAAAUCUUUCUAUUUGAAGUCAGGACUUCUUAUACAUCAGAGAAAACACACAGGGGAAAAACCCUACAAAUGUAACCAAUGUGGGAAAUCCUUCAUUCAUAGAUCUUCUCUCACAGUGCAUUAUAGGGUUCACACAGGGGAGAAAUCUUGUCAGUGUAAUGAAUGUGGGAAAAUUUUUUACCGUAAAUCAAACCUUGUUAACCAUCAGAGGUCACACACAGGCGAAAAGCCCUAUGAAUGUAACACAUGUGGAAAACCCUUCUCUCAGAAGUCAAACCUCAUUGUACAUCAGAGAACACACACGCAAGAAAAACCUUAGGAUUGCAGUGGGUCUUAGGAAUGUUGAGGUGUGGUUCAGCAGUCGCUCCGCUUCAGAGAACUCACGUUGUAGAGGAAGCAAUGUUGAUGUCCUGAAUGUUGAAUAACUUUCGUCCACAAACUGGCCUUAUUUUACCCCGAAGUAGACUGCAACACAUAAAGGACAGUCUUGUUAAGGAACAUUCUUUUGAAUGUCCCUAGCAAAUGCGGGCAUAGAACCUUGAAGAUGUUUUGAUUUUGUAAGAUUUGUUUUUAGCUAAAAUACAAAGUAGGUUAUGUUAAUUUCUAUUAAGGAGAAAUCUUUCAAUUUGAGACAAAGAGCUUGAAGAUUGUCUUUAGAGGUAGUAUAAUAUUGGAAGUUGUGUUUUGGUUUUGAUGCCUUAUUACUUUAGGCAACAUAAGAAGUUGUAAUUUUUAGAGGAAUAUUGUGCAGUGUACAACAAAAAAAUGUAAAAUGAAACAAUAAACUGAAAACAAGUAA